UUCAUUUAUAUCCUUUUUCUCCAGAGCUUUGUUCAUGGAGCCAACCUUGCUCAUGUUGGAUGAACCUACGAAUCAUUUGGACUUGAACGCUGUCAUCUGGCUUGACAGCUAUUUGCAGAAUUGGAAGAAAACUCUACUCAUUGUUUCUCACGACCAAGAUUUCUUGAACAAUGUUUGCAGUGAUAUCAUCCACUUGGAUGCACAAAAGUUGUUCUACUAUCGUGGAAACUUCAAUGCCUUCAAGAAGAUGUACUCUCAGAAGCUGAAGGAAAGGGAGAGGGAGUAUGCCAUGCAGGAGAAGAAGAUAAAGGAAGCCAAAGCAAAGGGUGCCAAUAAGCAGGCUGCUGCUGACAGGACCAAGAAGGCUAUGGGUAAACGUAAUGAGAAGAAAGGCAAAGGUGGUGGUGGUGAUGAUGAUGGCCCCGCAGAAUUGAUGGAGCGACCAAGAGAGUACAAAGUCAAGUUCUCCUUUCCCAACCCUCCACCACUCAAUCCCCCUGUUUUGGGUCUUCAUGACACAACUUUCAAGUAUGAGACGCAAGAUCACAUUUUGUUCAAGAAGCUCAACUUUGGUAUCGACAUGGCUUCUCGUGUUGCUAUUGUUGGUCCGAAUGGUGUUGGCAAGAGUACAUUGUUGAAGAUGUUGACUGGAGACCUUGAUCCGACUACAGGAGAACUGCGUCGCAACCACAGACUGAGAAUUGGAGUGUACAAUCAGCAUUCUGCAGAUCAACUCUCUUUGGAUGAAUCACCAGUGGACUAUCUGAGAAGGUUGUUUGAUGUUGACUACCAGCUGGCACGUAAGACCCUGGGCCGCUAUGGUCUCUCUGGACAUGCACAUACCAUCAUGAUCAGAGAUCUCUCAGGUGGUCAGAAGGCACGUGUUGUCUUUGCUGAACUGUCCCUGCGUGCACCUGAUGUCUUGAUUCUUGAUGAACCUACUAACAACUUGGAUAUUGAGUCCAUCGAUGCUCUUGCAGAGGCUAUCAAUGAGUACGAAGGAGGUGUUGUGCUAGUUAGCCACGACCAGCGUCUGAUUUUGGAGACCAACUGUCAACUAUGGGUUGUGGAAGAUCAAGGUGUGUUUGAGAUUGAUGGUGACUUUGACGAUUACAAGCAGGAAGUGCUCAAGCAAGUUGAGGAGAUGUCACAGUAACUUGUGCCGCUGUGUAACUUGUUCCUCCGUUGUUACACUUGUAUACCGUCUUAUACUGUUAGAGUGAUUUUACUGUGUCCACUGCUGGCAGCGGGAUUGGGUAGGACUUGCGUUGCUUGUUGCUAUGCUACCACCAGAUUGACCAAUGGCACCUGGUACAACUGAAGGUGUCGGUCAUUGCCAUCCAGUCUAUAAGCUCAUAGCGCAUUGCAAAUCUGGAAUGCACGUGUAGUGCACGAGUACUGUUGGUGGUACAAACUGCAUCCUUGCACAAUGGGCUUACUGCAGUCUCUAUUGUAGUGUUGUAGUGUGGUGUUGUGGUAGCAUGUUGGAAUCAUGCAAUGAUGAGCACAGUCAGUGUCUCCUCUGCAGUCAGCAACAAUGCAUGUACAAUGUCAUCAUGUACAACAGCUUGUGUGCCAGUUGCAUGACAUCAUUAUCAUUUUCAACAUCAUCAUCAUCAUCAUCAUCAUCUCUAGCUAGCUGCUUGUAUAUACACGACUGUACUUUGAAGUACAAUGUACAUUGUGCUUAGUGGCAUCCCUUGAUUGCUAGCCAGGUCUUGCUACACCAGUGAUUGCUAGCCAGGUGUCUUCUUACACCAGUCUACAACACAGCUGCUCUAUUUUAUUUAAAUCUUGCAUAUGCAGACAGCGCUCCAUUGCUAACUCCACUGCCUGGUGUAUGGUCAGAGAUUAUCAGACUAUCAGCAUGGAUAUGUUACAUGUACAGUAUUGUCUGAUGUGUGGAUUACUACUUGCAGGUAGUUACAGGUUAUCGACAUGACAACAUGAAAUGCAUGAUGUGUGUGCUGUGUGCAUGUGCUGUGCUAUCUAACCACCCACCACUUUCAUUGUUUCUCUCCUUUCCUGAGUCUCAUUUGUCUUGAUGCUGCCAUUUUCUUUUCUCUUGCACUCAGUUUGUUUUCAAUAACUUUAGUGCUGUGGCUGUUUACACAUUGAUUGAAUUACAACAUUGUGUGGUGUA